AAAAGGAGCCCCAAGCUGUGGCACAACUAAAUUGCGCACAAUUUGCCUGCGCUAAAUGCAAUUUAGCGGCGUAAAAUGUCAGUAAAAAAAAGCGCUGGCAUCAGUGAGAAAAAAAGAACGCAGAACGCAGAAAUAACGCAUUCAAUGGAUACGAACGCCAGCAGCAAUGACGAACCAAGUAAGACGAACAGCAGCAGCAAUGACGACGGCGGCGUCGCUGCCAUGGAUACUCUGGAACCGCCAGCAACAACAAAGACUCUCAAACGUUGUCUAAGUGUGCCCAUCAUACGCACCAACAGCAGCGGCACCGCUCUGCCUGGCAAAUUGACGCCAAUGACAACACGCGCUGCCGCCGCCGCUGCAGCCGCAGCACGCGAGCACGAACACGACGAGCACGAGCACGAACACAGACACGAUCAUGCACACAGGCACGCACACGAGCAGACGCCAAAGAAGGACCAAGGCCAAGUGCUGCCAAGUCAUCGCAGUAAUUUGACUAUCGAUUGCUUUGGCAAAAAUAUUCACAUACGCUCGCAACCAAAUUCACGCGAAGUAUCGCCAGCGCCCAUGUUCAAUGUAUUUACGCCACGUGCACGUCGCUAUUCCGCCAGCUAUAGUCCCGCUCUGACCGCAGCUGGUAUUGGAGGCGGUGUUGUAGGUGGUGCUGCUGGAGGAGCUGCGUCUGCCUUGUGUUUGACGCCACGCGUCUCGCAGCUGCGACAAGAGGAAUGUGCUGAUCUGAAUAGUCGUGAGGUGAAUCACGAGCGUGAAGUGCAUCGUGAUCUGAAGAUCUCACAGAGCUGGGAGGAUCUCACGUUGGUGGCCGAGAAUUGGUCUUGCAAAUCAGAUGAGUUCUCGAAUCCACUGCAAGUGGUCUUGCCUCAAGUGGGCAGCGGUUGCUCUUCGCCCAGCCCGACCAGCAAUAGAGCUGGCAUUCGUUUGCCUUAUUCGCCGUCACCGACGCGUCGCACUUUCGCCACCAGGCGUUCGAUGUCGCCGAUUGCGAUGCGUCCGUCGUCGCUGGGACCGGUAAAGCGCAAGUUUGAGCUGGACAGCGACAACAACUAUCCGGGAGUAAGCAACUGGAGCGUCUACUCGCCACCGCCGCUUAAAAAGAUCUUCACAGACAGUCGUGGCUCAUCGCCCGUGUGUCAAUCGCCAUCGUCGGUCUGUCCCAGCCCCGAUUCGGGCACCUACGAUGGUCGCAUUACGCCCAAGCUGUUCAUCUCCAAGCUCUGCACCAACAACAAUGCCACCGGCAGCAGUAAUAGCAACAGUAAUAACAACAACAGCAGCAGCAGCGGCUGCCCAUCACCGGUGUCCGCUUCACCCAGCAGCGUGUUAACCGGCAACGGCUUGGAUGCGAUGUGCAACAGUCAGAGUCAGAGCAUCGAUGAGGGUAUCUCGAUACCGGAGAGCGAAACGAAUACGUGUCGUAGUCGCACCUCGUCCAUACUGUCGACGGCAUCGUCAUUGGGUGGGCCGCAGUUGUUGGUCAACGACAUGGUCGAUGAUGUCACCUUGAUGGACGAUGCGAAAAGUGAAACGUCUUCCAUUGGUGGUUGUUCCACCGUCAGCAUUGAAUCCUCCUCCUGCGACAGUGGCGCCAAGGCGGCAGCCACAUUCCUCAAUCGGCUUGCGGUCGAUGAUGUGGCCCAGAAGAGUUUCUACAUCAAUAAGCAGGGAUUCUCUGGCGCCAAGAAGUUCAUUGUAAAUCACGAGAAACUGGAGCCAAGCAAACAGUCAUCCACCAAAAUGGAUGUACAGCAAAAGCUUUAAGCAAUUUCCCCCUCGUCGAGGAUUGCAACUGUAACUGUAACAUAUAUAGCAAGAGCCCCAAGAGUUAACCCUGGAGAUAUAUAAAUUCCGACAUUUAGCGUUACAAAUUUAAACACACUAAACACAAGCAAGCACCCACCCAAUGUCGCCUUAGUUCUUAAGAUAUUUUUUCAUUGUACAUAGUUAAGUUUUUGAUUCACAUCAGUUUUCUUUACACUCGAGUUUUUGCAUAUCAUCUUCAUUAUAACUUUGUCCGUUUUGUUGUUUUCUCAUAUCAGUUUUUAACUUGUAUUCCCGCAUCCUUGCAUCUUUUGUGUAUAUGUCUCAAUUAGCCGUCAUGCUGUAUAUCAUGAACCAUAUUCUUAUGAGAGUUAAAAUCACGUAUCUAUAAAAAAUAUACAUAAUGAUAUGUAGCUAGAUUUGUAGCUCGAUUUACGGUAUACUUACACUUAGUUCUUAGCCCGCUUAGCUCGUAGUACCAAUCCAAUUUUGCCAAAUAUGUUUCUUUUUAGAUAUACUUAUAUAUACAAACAUUAUAUACUUACAUAUAUGCCCACGAUUUAUGUGUAGUGGAUAUCUGCGCAUAUCCAAUGAUCAUUUUUUAUUUUGUCCAACGAUUGCAUCCCCAAAAGAAACAACAACAAAAUAACGCGUUUGGAUCGUUUGAAGAAUUUAACAAAAACCUAGCUUCAAGAUGUUUUUUCUUUGUCAAACACAAAAAGUGCAUAAUAAAAGAGUUUUUUUUCAAUAGAUUAA